AGCCAGUGUGCCUUCCCAUCUCUUUCCCUCUCCACCGAUUUCUGUUCAUUGACUUUCAGUCCAUGGAAUUGACAUCUCAGUGAGUAGCCUGGCUUUAAGAAUCGAUAUAUUCAUGAUCACACUCACUCAUCCGCCCAACUUUAUUACCAUUCAUUCAACAGCCAAAGGAAAAAAAACCCAACUAUGGCCAACCUAGGUCUGCUGCUUGGAUCUAUCUUUCUCUCCAUCUUCAUCCUGCCCUGUCUCUCUUGUCCUGAAUACCAAAAGCAAGCUCUUCUCCAGUUCAAAUCCUCCAUCCUUGCCAGUAAUUCUUCAUUUAACAGUUCCACCUUUGGCCUGGAGUCAUGGAACUCAAGUUCGAGUUGUUGUCAAUGGGAUCAAGUCACUUGCAGUUCCCCUUCAAAUUCAACUUCAAGGGUUGUGACUGGUCUCUAUCUCUCUGCCCUUUACACCAUGCUGCCUCCACGGCCCCAACUGCCUUCCACUGUCUUAGCACCCCUCUUUCAGAUCAGAAGCUUGAUGCUGCUUGACAUCUCAUCCAACAACAUAUAUGGUGAAAUUUCAUCUGGGUUUGCUAAUCUCAGCAAGUUGGUUCAUCUUGACAUGAUGCUGAAUAACUUCAAUGGUUUCAUUCCUCCUCAUUUCUUUCACCUCCGACAUCUUCAGUAUCUUGAUUUGACUAACAAUUCCCUCCAUGGUAGCCUAAGUCCUGAUGUGGGCUCUCUCCAAAACUUGAUGGUAUUGAAGUUGGAUGAGAAUUUUCUCAGUGGAAAAGUUCCUGAAGAGAUUGGAAACCUCACAAAGUUGCAGCAGUUGUCCCUUAGCAGCAACCAAUUUUCAGAUGGUAUUCCUUCUUCAGUUUUGUAUUUGAAGGAGCUGCAGACAUUGGACUUGAGCUACAAUAAGUUAUCCAUGGAGAUUCCAAUUGACAUUGGAAAUUUACCCAACAUCUCCACUUUGACAUUGAAUGACAACCAGUUAACCGGUGGAAUCCCCUCUUCAAUCCAGAAACUGAGCAAGUUGGAAACACUUCGCUUGGAAAACAACUUGCUCACAGGGGAAAUUUCAUCCUGGUUGUUCGAUUUGAAGGGCCUGAAGAACUUGUAUCUUGGAAGCAAUAGUCUGACUUGGAACAACAGUGUGAAGAUUGUACCGAAGUGCAUUCUUUCUCGAUUAUCUCUGAAGUCUUGUGGUGUUGCAGGAGAAAUUCCAGAAUGGAUUUCUACGCAAAAAACUCUUGACUUUCUGGAUUUGAGUGAGAACGAGCUCCAAGGGACAUUUCCACAAUGGCUUGCUGAAAUGGAAGUUGGAAGUAUAAUUCUAUCGGAUAACAAACUUACAGGUUCUCUUCCACCUGCUCUCUUUCAAUCUCUAAGUUUAUCGGUCCUUGCUCUCUCCCGAAACAAUUUCUCUGGGGAAUUGCCGAAGAACAUUGGAGAUGCAGGUGGCCUCAUGAUUCUUAUGUUGGCUGAAAACAACUUUUCAGGGCCAAUUCCUCAGUCCAUCUCUCAGAUAUACCGCCUAUUGUUGUUGGACCUCUCCAGCAACAGAUUUUCUGGGAAGACUUUCCCAAUAUUUGACCCUGAGGGAUUUCUUGCUUUCAUUGAUUUCUCUUCCAAUGAAUUCUCAGGAGAGAUUCCAAUGAGCUUUUCGCAAGAAACCAUGAUUCUUGCAUUGGGUGGAAAUAAGUUUUCAGGGUCCUUGCCUUCGAACUUGUCUAGCUUGAGCAAACUAGAACACCUCGAUCUCCAUGACAACAACCUUAAAGGUAAUUUACCAGAAUCUCUCUUCCAAAUCUCUACUUUGCAAGUUCUGAGCUUGCGGAACAAUUCCCUUCAAGGUUCAAUCCCUGAAACUAUUUCCAACCUUAGUAGCCUCCGAAUUCUUGAUGUUUCAAACAACAACCUCAUUGGAGAAAUCCCCAAAGGGUGUGGUAAUCUUGUUGGAAUGAUUGAAACUCCAAAUCUGUUAUCUUCAGUCUCUGACAUAUUUACCUUCUCAAUUGAGUUCAAAGACUUGAUAGUGAACUGGAAGAAAUCAAAGCAGGGUCUCUCAAGCCGCUACCUUGAUAUCUACACUCUGUUCGACUUGUCGAAGAAUCAUCUCUCAGGUGAAAUUCCAGCUUCUAUAGGUGCUCUUAAAGCUCUGAAGCUACUCAACGUUUCUUACAACAAACUGUCUGGCAAGAUACCAGUAAGUUUUGGUGAUUUAGAGAAUGUAGAGAGUCUGGACUUGUCGCACAACCAACUUUCUGGUUCAAUUCCUCAGACGCUAGUAAAGUUGCAACAGCUUAGCAAUUUAGAUGUGAGUAACAACCAGUUGACAGGUCGGAUUCCAGUAGGUGGUCAGAUGAACACCAUGGCAGAUCCAAUCUACUAUGCCAACAACAGUGGGUUGUGUGGUAUGCAGAUUCGUGUGCCAUGUCCUGAAGAUGAGCCACCACCAUCAGGGUCGCCAGAACAUCAUUCCAGGGAUCCAUGGUUUUUAUGGGAAGGUGUGGGGAUUGGGUACCCAGUUGGCUUCCUGUUAGCAAUAGGAAUCAUAUUCCUUACAGGCUAUUUUACCCCACCACCAUCAACAAACAGCAGGCAUCGUCGACGCCAACAACGUCCAAUCAGGCGAAGAAUUUAAACCAGACUGUUCCAGGUCUUGACCAUCUUUGAUGUCCAUAUUGAAAGCUCUGUUUCUUAGGAUAGUGAAGAACUUUGGUGACUAGCAUUAGAAAACAACUUUCUUAGUGAAUGUGGAAUAAACUUGAAAGAGAACUGAAGAAGUGAUGGAAUAUUAUAGUGAGUCAUAAAUGAAGUGUAAUAUGUAUAGUUUCAUUAUGAAGUUUGAGAGAAGUACCAUAUAUUGCAUUAUCUCAAAGAGAAGGAUCCCACUUACCAAUUAUGCAGGGCAGUGGUAUUCCACCAAACUCUUCUUAA